AGGUCUCUAUUUGCAGCGUAGAUGGAGAAGAUGAUUCUGCUAUAGCAUGCCCAAACACGUCCCCACCUUCAAGCACCUCUUGCACACCUCCCACACCCGCCCACAACAGGACCAACAGGCAGAAGCGCCCCGACCACGCCGACGACAGGUCAACCGCGAGAUCCCCGCGUAUCUCAUCGGGCAGAACCCAUGGGUCCCGAAUUCGGCUGGAGGUGUGGAUGCAGAGCUGUUGAUAGAUCUGGGAAGGGGAGCCGUACAUCCGGCAGAGCUCUUGCGCCGGUUUGAGCACUCGCGAUGGCAAGCGUCGCGGACGACCGCUGGUCCUGCCGCACCACCCUCAUGGCAUGUAGCUAGACAGGAGGCCUCUAGAAUAUCUUCAGCACCUAGUGUGGAGCCCGAGUAUCCUCCGGUGACUCGCGGCGAUCUCGAGCAGUCUUCAGCGUUACUCAGUCAUCGACCCAAACCUCGCUCGACGCCGGUCCCGAGUCUACUCGAAUAUUGCUUCAAUGCAAUGCUUCGAUACAUCGACGACGUCACUGUGAUAUACGCUCCGGACGAAGGGCUCGAGGGAGAGGAUGCUGAGGCAGAGACGUAUACGAUCAGCCGGCUGGUGAGGGAGCAAGUCACCUAUCUCGAACCGCAUCUCAAGAUCGCCCUCUUGGACGCUUCUUCUCUCGUUCCAGAACCUUACCGACCGAUAUCGAAUGACUCCAUACGUGCGAUCCUCUCAGAUGCCCCACCCGACUCUGACGAUGAAGUCGAGCCGGAAGGGGAAGAACCUGGCGACGAUGACGAUUGGGACGAUUGGGAAUUGGCACCUGUCUCUUUGCCCGUCACCUCCCAUUUCGCCCUCACCCGUCAUCCCUCUCCACACAUUUUCCUCCAAACACUCCCAUUCACCACAUCCCUAACGAGUAUCAACCUCGCAUACUCUACCAUCCCCAAUAUCGAUGCCCUCGUCGAAGUCCUUCCAGCCGGACUGAAAGAGUUGAGUUUGGUAGGCGUCAACUUUGGCAAAGCUGGAGAACAGACUGUCAAGAGGGGUCUUUUGAGACUGGGUAGGAAGCUGAUCGUCCUUAAAGUACUCGACCUAUCCAACCCCCGCUACGCCCUCUCAACAACAAUUCUCACAUCCCUCCUCCACCCCGCCGAAACACAGCUCCCCUCUCUCCGUACCCUCGGUAUGCGGGACCUCCCCUUGCCGCUGCUUACGGCAUCGCAGAGCGAGCAGGGGGUGAAGGAAGAUGAGGGUGAGGCUUUGACAGUUGGGAGGAAGGGGGUUGGGAAUGUCGUGAGAGGUGGUGGGAGGUUGAGGUGGGUUGAUAUUGUCUGGGAUUGAGUGGACUGCAGGGUGUGAUUGGAAGUGCAGAUGUCGGAUGUAUGUGGGACUUGUUACACAACAUGACGCGGUCACAACGAUUUUCGCAUACUCGUGGACUUCUCCGCGCCCCAUCACCUCCCACGGCCAUUAACAUCAAGCAGUGGUAUCGCCAUCCCUUUCGCCGUCCCAAUCUUCGCUCUCCUUGCAAGUAAAGGCGACAGAGAGCUCCCAAAGAUGAAGAGCUUCGAGAGCUUCGAAAGUUCAGUGGGCCGAGCAUGCCACACCACAUACUCUACUAAUGACAUCCGGGGAGAAGGACGAAGAACCAU